AUGGAUACAAGAGAUAAGCCAAAGAUAAAGUUUAGAACUGGUCAAGUGAAUUGCCUAUUCAAACAGCUGUUUCUAGCACUAGAUGCAGAAGCACGCGCCCAGAUUGAAGAUCCUUCUUCUGAAGAAUACAUUGUGGUAAAGAAUAUUCUACAACGGUUUUUAGUAGAGACUUUUAUUGCAUCUUCGCCAUCUAUUAAUGUGGUAGAUAAUAAUUUAAAUGUUCAGGAUAUUAUUUUAAAUACACAUUCCAAGUAUGUUGAAAAAUAUGAUCCAACUUUAGAAAGGAAGACAGUAAGCGAGUAUAGACGGUGGGAAGAUCUUAUAGCAACAGUUUCAGAAUUAAGACAUACUGGGCCUUCGACUAUUGCAGAACGUUGCGAAGCCCCAGCCAACGAAAUGCUAAGUAUUGUAGAUGCCGCUAUUUCCGAAUUAGAUAACGAUUUGGUUAAAGAAAAUAUCGUUGAAGAUAGUGAGGAAAGUGAUAGCAAAUUUAAUAUUGAUGAUGAAUCAUUAAAUGUGCUUGUCAAUCAGUAUGAGAAUGGGAUCAUAUCUUUGUCUGAUACAAAAAAUAAUAUGAAAGAUACAAAGUCGGCAAUAGAACUACUUUCAGAAAUGUGUAACGAAUUAUCUGAGGAACCGCAAUAA